CUCUCCCCAUCUCAACAUCUCAACACAAAAAGAGCCCGCGACGUUGAGGUUGUCGCCGCUCCUGUUACUGAUCUGCCUGUGGCGAGAGAAUUGGACCACGCACCGCACGGGUGGGAGUUUGUUGCAGCGCCCAAGGAAGAAGGCGGAGACCACAACAGUAGUGCAACAGACCUCCAAACAGCCAAAAAGUGGGUCAACGACCAGCCCCCGCCUACUGAGGCCAGCAACCACUCCAUUUGUCCAGGUGAACACAACCCCCCGCCUUCAGGUCUUGAGGGUGCUUGACGAAAAACGCUCUUGUGCCUGGCACGGGCGUAGGGAGAAGAGAAGUCAGCAGAAGCACGCACGCGCGCGAGGGGUCCAUGGUCUCCUUGUCGUUUUCGUCGGCCUUUCACGAUGUCUCUGUCGGGCGCGAUUCGCUCAACUUCCACACCUUCGAGCGCGCUCUCAAGGACAUGGAUGGAGACACGAGCGACGCGGCCGACCCCGCCGAGGAGAGGGCGGGGCUGGCGGAACCCUCCAAGCCGGCACGGCACGGCUCCGUCUUUGCGGUGGCCACGCCGCCAGCCACGCCGGAGGCGGCGGCAGAUAGACUAGAGGGCGAGCAGCACAAUCAUCACCAGCAGCAGCAUCAACAGCAGCAGCAGCAGCAGGCUGAACCGCCGCCGCCGCCGCCGCCGCCGCCCUCCUCCUCAGCAGGAAAGCCGGCGGUGGCGAUGUACAGGCAGAUGUCCGCGCACAGACUGUUUCGCGCGGCUCCGCCCGAGCCUAAGAGGCAGCAGUGGAAGGUCUGCGAGGAGACUCCGCUUGCCGGCGACGACACCGUCGCCGCCUCCGCCGCCGCCUCUCCCAUGUGCGGGGAGGACUCGAGGCUGCGCUCAUUGUCCUGGCACGCCUCGGACUGCAGCAGGCGGUCACCUCCUCCUCCCCCGGGACUGGAAUACAGCCACAGCAACAGGAAAAACGACCGCUUUUUCCCAAAGAGGAUAGUAGGACGUGACGACAGAGAGGUGCUGGAUGGCUCAGACGUCCUACAGCAGAUAUCGAACGUCACCAGCACAGAGCCUAGCAAUGAACGCGAGGUAUUCGUCGGUGGUCUGAGAGAGAGCGAGGACGCUGUGCAUAUCACGGAGGAAGAGCUGGCCACGUAUUUCGCAAAGUUUGGCGUGAUCGAGAGCGUGUCCAUCAACCGGGAUGACCGCACCCAGCGCGGCCGCGGGUUCGCCUUCGUGAAGUUCUUCCAGGAGGCUGCCGCGCUGAACGCCGUGGUCGCGGAUGCGUCAACACAUGUCAUUCGCGGCACAACGGUCAGCGUUCAGUGGUCCAGAGGAGCGAAGGACGCCGGCAGCGGGGGAGACCGGCCCCGGCGCCGUAGCUCGGCUACCUCCAGCUCGAGCUCCGGCAACGGCAGCUCGCCCUCCAAUGGCAGCGGUCGGUCGUGCGCCAGGCCGGGCAUGUUUCCGCACAAGGGCGGGGGUGGACGGGCCGGGGGGGGCGGCGGCGGCGGCGGCGGGGCCGGAGCUUGCGGGGUAGGAUGCAGCCAUGGCUUCAGCCCGAUGCGAAGCCGGGGCGCGGGGCACAGCAUGCACGGCCCGUCCGCGGGGGGGGGGGGGGUGCCGUACGGGUUUGGCGGCGGGCGCCAUGGAGAACACCACAACCAGCCGAUGGUUUGCGUCGUCGUGCCUGCGCAACGCGCGGCCGCCCUAGGCUUUGCGCCACACCCUCCACACGGCUUUCACUCGACGGGCAAGUGCACGUCCAGGGGCACCGCCCCGUGCGACGGGCACUUUUCCUCCCUCGCGCAGUCGAACGCCGCCUCGGGAGGAGGAGGAGGAGGGCAUCCGGGGUACGCAUCCCACACGAGGUCCAACUCCCAGCCGAUGAGUCACGGUGGCGGUAGCGUUAGCGGCGGCGGCGGCGGCGGCUAUGGCCACCAUGGCGGAUCUCCCCACGGCAACUUCGACCACCACCACAGCGGGGCGGCGUCCGGGACGCCGCACCACCUGUUGGUGAACCCAAGUCACCACGUCUCGCCGAGCUCGAGCCACCUCUUCUCCCCGAGCUCCGGGCACCACAUCUCGCCGAGCUCGGGCCACCGGGUCUCGCCCAGCGCGGGCAGGUCGUAUGGAGCCCCCCCGGCGAUGCACAUGCCGCCCAUGCCCCGCGAGAGACAGGGGCGUGCCGAGCCGAGAGAUUACCCGGCGGGAGCGAGCGGAAGCAGCGGAAGCAGCCCGUCCUUCGGCGAGUACGAGAGGUCCUCGCAGUCGGAGAGUCACCUUCACUCCCCUCACGCGUUGCCCGAGUGGGGAUACGACGAUGCCGGCGGCAGCGGAGCGGGGCGCGCGGUGGGGGGUUCCAUGGCAACCGCCCUAGGCGUGACACGGUCACAGUCCCCGCCCCCGAUGGUGCGCAGCAGGAUCGGGGGCGGUGCGCCACGCCCCCCAUCGGCUUCUCCCAGGGCCUACGACGGCCACUACUCGUCUACCCGCUACAACGGUCGGGGGGGUUUUAAUUGCUUCUCGGUAGCCGGGAUGGGAGGGGCGAGCGGCGGCGUGGCAACGAGGCGCAGCUCCGAGAGCUCCGCCAUGGUCGGGCGUAGCUCGAUACAGCAGGACGCUCUCGCCGCGGCCGCAAGCUACUACUACGCCGUCGACGACAUGGGGAGGGAUGACAUGGCUUACAGCCGUGACUGUCGUGGCGGCGGCAGCCGCGGGCCCGCCUCCCGCUUGCCGUAGGCCAGCGGAAGGCCAUGGAGGGGGGUUAAGAGCGAAGCUCUCUCCGCGGCGCGGCAGAGAAUGUGGUUAGCGAAACCGGGAUUGGGGUGCUGGUGGCAAGAGCGAGUGCGAUGUUAGACGGUGGGCCAAGCCGUGGAACCGCGCCUAAUGUCCCGCAUACUACAUGUUUCCCGGGGCCCGGGUUUAGUAUUGUGGAAAACCCGGCUGAUGCGCAGGGCUAUCCCGGAGCCAGCGGUGGCGUUCGGAGGAACCACAGCACGAGAAAGCAACUGCACGGUGCGUGCGCCUUGUCGUGGUAGUUGGGUGUCUUGCGCUGCAGCCACGGUGGCCGCUGCAGUUGGCAUUGGGAGGAGCUUCGUCACCUCGCUAACCGUACGGUCGGUCUUUGGUGCGGUAGUUUUCCCCAGAAGAACGGAGGAAGAGGCCGCCGGCAUCCCCCCUGCCCUUUUUUUAUUUGUUCGGAAGCGUUAGCGGUCCCAUGUGCGGCCGCGCAGUGCUGCGCUCGAUAGACACGAGUGCGCUGCUUGCGCGAGAGAUUCGAUCGUGUGUUAGCUUGUGGUAUAACGUCUUAAAGGAAUCAGCUAUCUUAGUCUCUUACGAGUUGGCCUUCCUUCGCCGGUGUUGAAACCCUUUUAUUUUUCAUUUUUUUUUUUGAUGGGGAUGUGUUGCCGUUUCCAUCUUGUUUAUGCGCGCGGUCGGCACUACUCCGGUCCGUAGAGGCUUUCAUGGUGUGCCACCUGCCCCCACUCCUCUCCUCCUCCCCCGCUCGCCCCCCCCGGGUUUGUUCCUGUGGGAAAUACGUGUCGAGCGGGAUUGUUUGCGGUAGGUUGACGUGGCGCGAUUGUAGUUGUUGCCAUCGGCAGGUGGUGUUACUUUACCUGAGGUCGUACACACGUUACUGUGCUUUGCGCUUGAUGACGGAGGAGAGAAGAGGCUUAAUUGCGUGCAGGGUAACCGGGGAAGGGAUUUGGCCUUCAUUUCCGGGGCGAGGGGGCUCCGUGGGGGCGGUGUGGAGUUGCAUGUAGUUCGGCGCAGAUGGGAUAUUUAGUGCGUCGGAAAGCCUUCGAAUCGAGGGCGACGAAGAGCUGACUUCUAGAUUGUAAGCCAGCACGAGCAAGUUGUAUAGGACAGCAUGGAGCGGCGUAGAGAGGUAAGUUGCUAUUCUUCUUUCCGGGUACAUCUCCUUCUUUAUUUAUACCGUCUCGGCUCGUUGGAAGGAGCGCACCCCAUUCGUGACUACAUUGUGCUCGAGUCUGGCCCCCUAUAUAUUCGCUUACUCUGCAUAUAUAUGUGUAUCAACGAAGUACUACAGGAGUAUGCUUUUGUGGGCGGGCUGUCGUUGCUGAAGGCGGAACGGGAGGGAAAGAGCUCUGGUUCUAGAAGGCCAGAAGGCGGAACAGGAGAGUAAGGGUUCUAGUUCUAGCCGAAUUGUAAGUGGAUCUUUCACUUGCGGGAUUGGUAUUACAGGAGGUUUGACAUCGGAAGAGCCAGCAGGCGACACAACCGUCCCCGAACUUUGGUAUCAAUUCUGGGUAGCGCUGACAUCCGUCCCGAUUUCAGCCAAGGGUUUCGAUGUGUUUUAUUAUACGUACAUCUCUUCCAGUCCGUGUUUGUUUUUGGUUUGUAUUGUGGAGGAAUGGCCUGGCCUAGAUAGAGAAAAGCCCGUAAGAGGUUUUCGAAACGGUCGUCAUGUUCUUGUCUUGUAUCAGUCUGACUUAGUAUGACGCCCCGGCGUCGCUCUCUUGUUUCUUAUGUUGGUGUCUCCGCCGCGCCCGGUGACGGUUGGUUGGGCGACGUUUGCGGACGGGUGUGGUGCAUGUGGCGCUUGUUGUCCCGCGCGCAACAUAGUUACGCCGGCGCCAAGGCUGGCUGACUUCUGGCCAAAGGGCAUCAAAGCGAGGAGGGGUGGAGAGACAGUUGAUUUCAGCCAGGUAGAAUCGUUCUUUGCUACCCUUUGCCGCCGAUAUGUCUCUGGCCCCAUUGAAGUGCGGAUGUUGGCAUGGUUUGCGAAAAAGUAGAACAGCAAAAGUUUAGAAGAGUCAUCAUGGUCCCUUGUCCUCCGCAAGAAGAGAAAGGUGCCCGAUCCUCUAGUGAUGCAUGAAAACAUUUUUUCGGAGUGUUCACCCGGUGCACAACACGACUUCAGCGGUGGCGAUCGAUGAUGUGAAUUGAAAAGUACGAUAUAUUGCGUCCAUGGUGUCAUUUUUUAAUUGAUAGCACAAAGCACAAGUAGUAACAGGAACAGCUUUGUUCACCGGCCGGCGGAUUAGGUGGUGGGCGACACGGGUGUGAGCGUGCGAGCGCAUGAUGAUUAUGAUGCAGGCCGGUGGUAGUGUGCAGGUACACGAACGAAAGGGGGUUCGUCGCCUUUUUCGAACGAAGUUCUCUUCCUGGUAUGUGUUGUUGUCAUUGGGUACUGUGUGCUUCUCAUCACCAUCAUCACCAUUCAACGAUGGAUGGAUGGGAU